AAUACGUGAGUUUUGCGCGUUCAUGUUGGCAAACCUGACCAGACCGACGCCAUUUUAGUUUUGCUUCUAGUGUCUUUCGUCUCCAGUGCGUUCCCAGCAUUUUCCGUUAGCAUCCGCGCAAUCGUAAUCGUUAUUUCAUCAAGUUUUCUUUGUUUUUUGCAAAAUUAAGUGUUAUUAGUAAUAUAUUUCGCGAUAAUUAUGGUUUGGAUAUCAAAAACGUGAGAAAAUUUGAGUAAAGCGACGCCAAUUGUGAGCAAUGUCCGCGUCUCAUUGCUCAUGGCGUACUUUCAUUGGAAUCCAAGAAAAAGACGGAAAAUUCCUGAUAGAAACAAUUGGAAGAAAAGUAAAGUUUCAUUAGAUUAGAAAUAGUGAUUUUCAAUUAAAAAGUUUAUUUUAAAUUAGUUUAGUAGUUAGUAGUAAUUUAGACGAAAAAGUGGUGUUUUCCUCUAAUAUAAAAAAAAGUGUUGGAAGAAAUUGAAGAAAAAAGUGAUGUCUCAUCAAGGAUAAUUAAAUUUUACAAGGUUUAUCGUUAUUGGAAAAAUUAAAAUGGAAUCGUUCUCUUCAGAUGCAGGAUGCAUAAGAUCUUCAAAAAAAAGAAUCACGUUGCGGAGGGUAGAAAAAAAUUAAAAACCAACGAAUCGAAUGAAUCGGUGAAUCUCUAUCCGAAUUGUGAUGGUUCCAUUUGGACAAGAUCGUGUGAAAGGGAAAUAAUUGAACCAAUUUUUGGUAAAGUCAGUGGCAAUAUUCCAAAAUGGCUAAAUGGUUCCCUAUUGAGAAAUGGUCCAGGCUCAUUAAAAGUUGGUGAAUACAGAUUUGAUCAUCUCUUUGAUAGUGCUGCUCUUUUACAUCGUUUUGCAAUUUCCGAUGGAAAAGUAACAUAUCAAAGCCGAUUCGUUCAAACGGAAGUGUUUAAGAAAAAUCAAACGGCAAAAAGAAUUGUUGUCUCAGCUUUUGGAACUAAAGCAGUGCCAGAUCCUUGUAAAAGUAUUUUUCAAAGAAUAUCCACAACAUUUCAACCUGAAAUGACCACUUCUGAUGAUAAUUCAAUGAUUUCGAUUUAUCCAUUUUGUGACGAAUUUUAUACGUUCACUGAAAGUCCCAUUAUUCAUCGAGUCGAUCCAAAAACACUCGAGACGUUAGGAAAGGUAAACGUAUCGAAACAUGUAUCGAUAGUAAAUCACACGUCUCACCCCCAUGUAAUGAAAGACGGUACAGUUUACAAUGUUGGAUUAAAUAUUACAUCACGUGGACCAGUUUAUACUAUUGUUUCCUUUUCGCCGAGUAAAAUUAUCAAAGAUGAAUUUGGAAACGAAAGAAAGACAUCAAUGUUCGAUGAGGCUAAAAUAGAAGCAACUGUUGCAUCAAGAUGGCUUUUAAAUCCCGCCUAUAUGCAUACAUUUGGUAUCACGGACAACUAUUUCAUUAUUGUUGAGCAACCAUUAUCCGUGGCAUUAAUGUCGGUAAUGAAAAAUCGUUUGAAAAACGAACCAAUGCGCAGUUCGUUAAAAUGGCACAAAGACGAAACUACACAAAUUCAUGUGAUCUCGAGGAAAACUGGAAAAAUUGCAAAAUCAUUUUUAACCGAAACAUUUUUCUACUUGCACAUUAUUAAUCAAUUCGAAACAUUGGACAAUGAUUAUGUUGUUUUAGACAUUUGUGCCUAUCGAGAUGCUGCAAUGCUCGAUUGCAUGUAUAUAAAUGCAAUAAAUAACAUGCAAACAAAUCCUGAUUAUGCAAAUUUAUUUCGAGGGAGACCAUUGCGAUUUAUAUUGCCAAUGAAAAAUACCGGAAAUAAUGAUUCAUCGUCUGAUGAAAAUUUAAUAAAAACAGAGACAGUUAAUCAAAGUUUUAUGAAAAAUUUAUCGAGCAGUGAAAUUUUGCUGAGGUGGAGGAGAAAAAAUAAAAAAAGUCUUCUCAAUGAAAAAGCAAGUGCCCAUAAAUUAAUUAAUGGAAAAAUUUUCGUUAAACCAGAACUUUUGUGUGAUCUUGGAUUGGAAACGCCGAGAAUAAAUUAUGAUUAUUUUCUUGGUAAAGAAUAUCGUUAUUUUUAUGGUAUAUCGAGUGACGUUGAUCUCGAUAAUCCUGGAACGAUAAUCAAAGUUGAUAUUGUGAAUAAGACACGAAAAACGUGGUGUGAGAAGAAUGUCUAUCCAAGUGAACCAAUUUUCGUUCCGUCCCCAGAUGGAAAGAAUGAAGACGAUGGCAUUGUUUUGAGUGUCCUAAUAUGGGGUCAGGAGCGUGAAACAGAAGUUGGAUUAUUAAUUUUAAAUGCCGCUACUUUUGAGGAAAUUGGACGUGCGACGUUUGUAACUUCUGGUCCAGUGCCAAAAUGUCUGCAUGGCUGGUUUAGUUCUAACGUAUGAACCAUUCGAAAUUUCGAAUUUUGUUUAAAUAUUUCCUUAAAAUUUAUAUUUUAAGCUCAAAACUUCUAUUUUUAAUAUUCAAUGUAAAUUUCUUUUCAUUAUAUUGUGGAUGGUAAAAUUUUUUACUUCUGUA